AUGAAGUUUACUCAAGCUACUAUAUUGGCUUUUGCCGCAUUGGCAAUUGCUAUUCCAGCAAGUAACAACAAAAUGAAGAAGAACUUGGCCAAGAGAGAACUGGAUUGUGACGAGCCAGUUUUCCAUGGUCAUCAUAAACACAAAAGAGCCGUUGUCUACGACUAUGCUUAUGUUACUGUUACUGUUGAUGCAAAGGGAAAUCCAGUUACUACCCUCGAGCCAGUUGCCUCGCCUCUAUCCACUUCCAAUGCUCAAAAUCCAGAUACCUCAAUUUACGUUUCUUCAACCACUACUAUCGUUCAAAAUGAUUCAUUAACUUCUAAUGAACCUUCAGCUAUACCUUUACCACAAAGUUCCGAUUCUCCUUCUGCUUCUCCUUCUGCUUCUCCUUCAGAACCACCCUCAAGUGGUGGGUCUAAUGGUAUUUAUGGAGACUUGAAAAAUUUCCAAAAACCAACAAAGGAGUUCCCAGAUGGUGUUUAUUCAUGUGACACCUUCCCUGUUGGACAAGGUGUUAUUGCCUUGGACCAAUUAGGAUUCGGUGGAUGGUCAGGUAUUUACAAUACUGAUACUUCUACUGGAGGUACCUGUAGAGAAGGCUCGUACUGUUCUUACGCUUGUCAAACCGGUAUGUCAAAGACACAAUGGCCAGAUGAUCAACCUGCAAAUGGUGUUUCAGUUGGUGGUUUAUUAUGUAAGAAUGGUAAAUUGUACAAGACCAACUCAAGAUCAAAGUACCUUUGUGAGUGGGGUGUCGACAUGGCAGAUGUCGUCAGUGAAUUAAGUCAAAGCGUUGCUAUUUGUAGAACUGAUUACCCAGGCACUGAAAAUAUGGUUAUUCCAACAGUUGUUGAGCCAGGCAAAUCAUCAGUUCUCACCGUUGUUGACCAAGGUACUUACUAUACUUGGAGAGGCGGUGCUACCUCUGCUCAAUACUACGUCAACAAUGCCGGUGUUUCGUAUGAAGAUGGAUGUUUGUGGGGAACACCAGGCUCAGGUGUUGGAAACUGGGCUCCUUUGAACUUUGGAGCAGGUUAUGCCAAUAACAUUGCUUACUUGUCCUUGAUCCCCAACCCUAACAACCGUGAUCCAUUAAACUUUAAUGUCAAGAUUGUUGCUGCUACUGAUGUUCCUUCAUCAGUCAGUGGAUCUUGUGUUUACGAAAAUGGACGUUACAACGGUUAUGGUGUUGAUGGAUGUACUGUGGGUGUAACUAAAGGAAAAGGUGUGUACGUGUUAUAUAAUUAG